CAGUAGGGUGCGUCGUGUUCACGUUCCGCCAUUUUUUCGCGAAAAAUACGUGUUUUCCGGCAUUUUCCCAACCGAACCGGGUGCGUACGGAGGCCUGGUACUGUGUGGCACAUUUUCCGGCACCGGGCAGGUGGAUUCGUGGCCCGAAACGAUGUGAAAAGUGCUGUGUUGUUGCGCCGGGGGGAAAAGUGCGUGCGUCACACCGCCAGCGCUUUGUUCGGAUGAGCGAGUGUGCGUGUUUUCAGUGUGUGCGUGAUGCGAUUUAAAGAUGGCGGCAUCGAAUAACAGGCGGAGAGAAAGCACUUUAUCAAAAUUAUCAUGCACGCGGUGUUGCGGCGAUCUGUUCGGGUAUUUGCUACGGCUCCGUGUCAGCCCGGAAGAGCUCGAGCAGCGGUAUAAAUCGCGCGAAAUCGACAAAUUUCUCGAGAAAGAUAAACAUGCGUUCCGGCGACAGGUCAAGUUGCUGUUGCUGGGCGCAGGCGAAUCCGGUAAAUCGACGUUUCUCAAGCAGAUGCGAAUCAUCCACGGGAUCAACUUUGAGCCCGAACUAAUUAGAGAAUACCAACAUGUGAUCUACCAAAACAUAGUCAAAGGCAUGCAAGUGUUGUGUGACGCUAGAGAUAAGCUAGAUAUACCCUGGGAGCACCCGACAUCGCAGCUGGCCGCGAACGAAGCGAUCAUGUUUCACAGCGGCUGCCUGCUGGACGCAGAACAGUUCCACCAGUACGUUCCGCUCAUUAACAUCCUGUGGACGGAUGGCGCCAUCCGGAAGGCGUACGAUCGACGAAGGGAGUUCCAAAUUAGUGAUUCUGUUAGUUAUUUCCUAGAUGAAUUAGACCGAAUAUCGAGGUUAGAUUACAAACCCACCCAUCGUGAUAUUUUGCACUGUCGCAAAGCAACUAAAGGUGUAUUUGAGUUUACGAUAAGGAUACAGAACAUUCCAUUUGUGUUCGUUGACGUCGGAGGACAGAGGACACAGCGCCAAAAAUGGACCAAAUGUUUCGACUGUUCCGUCACGUCGAUUUUGUUUCUCGUAUCGACCUCCGAGUUCGAUCAGGUGUUAGCUGAGGAUAGGAAAACGAAUCGUUUGGAAGAGUCACGCAACAUCUUCGAUACGAUCGUGAACAAUACCACGUUCCAGGGUAUUUCGAUCAUACUGUUCCUCAACAAGACGGACCUCCUGCAGCAGAAGGUGAAAAACCCGGAGACGGACAUCCGCUGGUACUAUCCACAGUUCACCGGCAAUCCCCACUCGAUCCUCGACGUACAGAACUUCAUCCUGCAGAUGUUUAUGAACGUGCGGAAAAACACCAAAACGCCUAUCUACCAUCACUUCACCAAUGCGGUCGAUACGCAAAACAUCCAGGUCGUGUUCAGUUCGGUGAAGGACACCAUACUACACCGUAACCUUUCCGCGUUGAUGCUGCAGUAGUAGUGUCUGCCGGGGUUCGGAGUUCCCUUUUUCUUCGUUUUAUUUUCCCUGUUUUUUUUUCUCGCUUCACCACUGUUUGCCAUAAGAACAAAACAAGAAACGUACGUACGGUCGUGAUCCUGUCUGACUGAACAGGAGAUGAAGCAGCUCUAUUGUUAUGCUAAGAGGGUAUUGUAAAUAGAUGAUAAUGUGCGUAGGCACAUGUGUGUGGGUGUGUAGUGCGCUUUGGAUUUGUUCGUUUAGCUCGUUGUUCUGUUGUGGUGGGUUAAACCUUGGUGCCACCAUUUUGUCCUAUUUCUAUCCGCGCGAUCGUUCCCCAAUGUAUCUCUAGUAUCGAGAGAUACGCUCGUGCGAUCCCAAAAAGCAAAGGUGAAAUCUUGGUUUGAAAUAUUAUGAACUUAAUUACAGAAUGAAUUCGAAUUUCUCUUACCAACGUUACGCAUUUACACACUAGCUGAAUACUGGUCGAUGCAACAUUGUAAACAAUUCUCAACCCCCGUGUAAAUGCUUUUGUUUUCGCAUGGGAAUUGCUUACUAAAAUCAUUAAACCGCUCGCUCAAAACAUCCAGUUGCGCAUGUGUAUGAAUUUGGGCGGAAUUAUUGCAUGCCCAUCAAAGAAUCUCUACCUUGAACAGAUAUCUAUUUUAUUUCUUUCACAAAAACCAACACCGAGAGGGGUUUCGGGGAAUAAACAGCAGUUACUCAACGAACAACAAAACGUCCGAUCAAUUGGAAUGGCAAACAGACAAACCGGCAGAAAACAAAACAAACAAAUCACGUUAAACAAAAACAACACAAACAUGGAUGCACAAUUUACACCAAAAACCAAAAACUAAUUUUAAUCAUAUAAAAUCAUGUUCAUAAUACAUACAUCUGUGUACACGUGGUUAGGGUGGCAACGCUGGUCAAAUUGGGCUAGCGACAUAAAAGGGAAAGGACAAUGAUCGAUCGAACAAACAUGUUAAUGUGGAUAGUGGAGUAAGGAAAUGUAAUACUGCAAAACAAACCACCGGGAGAGAUGAACUUUUCGCGCGGGGUGGGCGAUCUUUGCGUGCCGGGUGGGAACAUCGUGUGCAGGCAGGCAUUGUAGGAAUUGUUGUGUGGAAUUCAGGAAAACAUAGUGAAAUAGUACAAUGCACCAAACGAUUGCCUAACCAAUUGAAACCUCUUCCUCUCUCGUAUUAGUCAUACAUUAUUUGCCAUAUCGCGUUGUGAAGGCUGAGCCGUUGGUAUUGGUCGAGCGAAUAUUUUCUGCGUUUUAGCGUAUGUUUAGAACAAUUUGUCGCUAUUUUAACUGUAAUCUGGAAUAUUUUUGUUUACAUCGUAUGGGAGAAAAAAAAACAGCUGUAACAUCGAGUGUGCCAUAAGAGCGCGUGUGUUUAUCGGCACGGACAUUGAUUUCUUUAUCCUGAAUUCACACUCACAGUUUUCUACACGAAAUGUAACUUAAAAGCAUCGUCGUAGAAAAGGCGACAAGAUCAUUCUCCCGGUGCGCAAGAUAUGCUCAAGCUGUUCUCUCUUGCUCACUUCCCGCGUGGUACCACUUUUGAAGAAAGACAAAUCAUUAGAUUGUAGCUAGAGCGAAUGUAAAUGAUAAUAUUGCGCCAACCGACGAUCGCUAGCGCGUGCUCGCGUGUUUCGUCAGUGCACGCAUCUUGUAAAUAGAAAACUUUAAAUCGUCCCUCCCUUUGCAACGCAUUAUGCUGGUUCAUCAUUACAGAUUUAGUAAGACACAUUCGUUCGUAAGCAUUUAAUCACCAAAUCAAUGGAAACGGAUAGGAACGUGUGUGCCAGGUAGGCAAGAUAAGGGAGUGGGGAUAUUAAUCGCAAUACACAAACGAUCGCUCGCACGGGAGUGAUAGUGACAGGGAAGAAAGGGAAUGGUGGUCUAUAAGGUAGUGAAAGAUAAGACACCAGCAUCUAGUUUAUUUGUGUUUUGUUUUUCUACCGUCACCAGCAAUCUCUUACAAUAUAAUAAUCACAACAAGUGAAUACAUCCACAAUGCACAAAACUAUCUACCGAGCAGCAUUAUUAAACAGCAUUCCUUGAUCGUAAGCGUAGCAAGAAGAAGCAAACCAAACGAACCAAUCUAUAAGCGGUAGAUCAAGUACGAUUAGAAUAGGAUCAAAUACGGCUGACCGAAAGACAAGAUGAAGAAUAUGCAAAAAAAAGGGCAAAAGACUUACGAACGGACUUUGCACAAGGGAAACACCGCAAUAACACCAUCAGGUCCCCUGUUUUAUUGGCAGGGUGUGAAGUAGGAGUGCCCUUUUUGGCGAUUUUGAAAGUUUGAAAAUCUUUUACACAAUUCGAUACCACGAGGGUUAGGUGUGGAACUUUUUAAAUGAAACAUACACUACACGAACAACGCAACACACAUUUUGGGAACCGAUUUUUGGGGAGCCAAUCAGCUCUGGUCCAUUUUUUUAUGAUGAUAUUACAGCAAUGUGUGGCUCCUGCUUUACCGUUGUUUUGAUACAAAUCGCUUUUGCGAUCGUUUUGUCCUGAUCGGCGUCGUCGUAGUCGUGGGUACAGAAACAGUGUGUUCUAUAUUACAUAAACAGGCAUUUGAUCCUGCUCGAGAAAACCCCCACCAACCCAACAACAACUCCAAAUGCUUAGAGGACGGUCUAGUGUAGGUAGUAUUUAUGUGGUGUUUUUGUUUUUAAUUAUGAAUAUCAUUAAAGUUAGUAUGGUUUAUCUUAACCAUUACCCACCCGCGCAUCUCCUAUGCAUCUUCCUCUCUCUC